UCAUUAAAUUAUAUAAUGGCCCUUCCAAAGAGAAUUGUCAAAGAAACAGAACGUUUAUUAGCUGAUCCUGCACCUGGAAUCAGUGCAACACCUCAUGAGGAAAAUUUGCGUUAUUUUGAUGUUAUUAUUGCAGGACCUAGUCAAUCCCCUUUCGAAGGUGGUGUUUUUCACUUAGAAUUGUUUUUACCCGAAGACUACCCUAUGGGACCUCCAAAGGUUCGUUUCUUGACCAAGAUUUAUCAUCCUAACAUUGACAAAUUAGGUCGUAUUUGUUUAGACAUCCUUAAAGACAAAUGGUCUCCUGCUCUUCAAAUUCGUACAGUGUUACUUUCUAUUCAAGCAUUGUUAUCGGCACCUAAUCCUGAGGAUCCAUUAGCUAAUGAUGUUGCUUCUCAUUGGAAAGAAGACGAAAAAGGUGCUAUUGAACAAGCGCGUCAAUGGACCAUUAUGUAUGCCCACCAAUAAUAUAAUAUGAUAUAUGUUUACAUAUAAAAGAAAAAAAAAUAAUAAAAAAAAAAAGAAAGAAAGAA